UUUCCAUACUCGGCAUUGAGAAGUAAAGUGAAACGUCUGCAUGCAUUUUACGACAUUUCGCAGUGCAUGUGAUUUGCAUAUCAGGUCAUGUAAAAUGCCAACUCUAAAGUGCCAAUGACUGCAGAAAAUAGUCAGCCAGAGUCGUUAUCAAUCGGUAGUUUAGGUUGCUGUGUUUUUCUUGUUCUUUCUAAACCUGAUCACACUGCGUCUGGUGUGGAGAGAGGAAUAGCUAAGCAGACAGUGGGAUAGAUAUGCAGUAGCAACAACAAGCCUUGGAUCGUGUGAGAUGAUGGGCUUUUUAUUUUCUUUCACUUUGAAUCAAAUAUAACCAAAAGCUUCAAUUGCUACCUGCAAAAUCAGACAAAACUGUUGUGUGUAUAGGAAAGCACAGCAGACUUCGUUGGUUUGUAACCUCUGGUUUUAACCGCACCCUUUCUGUUGGGAUACAAAACACACAUCAGAGAAAAUGGCGGAACUUGAGAAGGAAGGACUGCCCCAAACAAUGCAGGAGAACCGAGAUGAAGAGGAGUCCCAAUAUACUGAUGACUCUAAGCCGAGCAAGAUUCAAGACGACGCAUGUUUCGAGGAAAAGCUAAUUGAAGAGGUCAGAAGGUACACCAAUUUGUACAACACCUCAUUGAAAGACUAUAAAGACUUCACCAUGACCAACAACAGCUGGAAGGAGAUAGCUCAAACUCUGAGAGUAGAAGAACAAAUUUGCAGGACGAAAUGGAAGAACUUGAGAGACAGAUAUGUCAGACUGAGGAGGAAAAUUAAGGGGAAGAGUGGGGAUGCAGCAUCAGGAAUACAACCACAAAUACUCACCACACUGUCCUGGUUGUCUGGCUUCAUAAAACACAAGGAGACAGAGUCAAACUAUCCAAAGGCAGAGGAGAUGGACACCCCAGAAGACCUGCAAGAAGACAACCUGAUCGAGCAGGAACACUUCCACAGUUCUAAUAAUGAGAAGCAAGAUGGACAUUUGGCAGUUAGGAGGAAUGUAAUAUUAGAACGAACUAAAUUCAACCAAAGACAACAAGAAGCAGGAGAGACAGCUGAUGAUUUUAUCACUGCACUUCAUUGUUUGUCAGAACAUUGCAGUUAUGGAGCUCUGCUCAGUGAGAUGAUAAGAGACAGACUAGUUGCAGGCUUACGUGACAGAAGACUGUCCAAGCAAUUACAAAUGGACCCAGAACUAACACUGGAUAAAGCUGUCGCACGCAUUCGUCAAACUGAACUUGUGGAAAAGCAACAGGACCUGCCCGAGAAUACCUUCAAAGCUGCCAGCAGCGUGGCAAAUAUAGACAGUGUGCUUUCAUAUAGCAAACAUCCAUGCCCAGCCAAUACCCAGUGCCAAUCAGAGAAGAAGAAUCAAAACUCAGAAAGACCACAACAACCCCAAACAACGCAGGACAAUGCAGAAGAGCCCCUAGAUACUGAUGACUUCAUUGAGGAUUUCAGUCCUGGAGGAGAAAAGCCUCACUACUGCGCCUACUGCGGUAGGAGCUUUCAAAAAGUGAGGGAUCUUAUAAGACACCAGCGAACACAUACUGGAGAGAAGCCUCACCACUGCCCUGAUUGCGACAGAAGUUUUGCUCGAUUAGAUAAGCUAAAGAUCCACCAAGAAAUACAUAUAGGAGUGAAACCUCACCGCUGCCCUGAUUGCGACAGAAGUUUUGCUCGAUUAGAUAAGCUUAAGUCACACCAAAAAAUACAUGCGAAAGACAAACGUAUUUUUCAUUCCUCUGACUGUGUGAAAAGCUUUGUCCUUUUGGAGAAGCUUGAAAAACACCAGCUGGAGAAUACCUUCAAAGCCACCAGCAGUGCAGCCAAUGUAGACCGUGUGCUCACACAGCAGAGAACAUUCAACAAAGUCAAAGAGAGUAAAAGGCAGCAGAGUAAAAUACGAGCUAGAGCUCCAGGAAAGGGAACACCAUCACAUAGCAAAACAAUGCAGGAGAAGGAAGAGGAGCCCCUAGAUACUGAUGACUCUGAUGAGUGGAUCGACGGUUUCAGUCCUGGAGGAGAGAAGCCUCACUACUGCUUUGACUGCGGUAAGAGCUUUAGAAAAGUGUGGGAUCUUAUAAGACACCAGCGAACACAUACAGGAGAGAAGCCUCACCACUGCCCUGUUUGUGAGAAAAGUUUUGCUCGAUUAGAUAAACUAAAAUUACACCAAGAAAUACAUACAGGAGUAAAGCCUCACCACUGCCCUGAUUGUGAGAAAAGUUUUGCUCGAUUAUAUAAGCUUAAGUUACAUAAAAACAUGCAUAUGAAGAAGGAAUGUAAUUUCCACUGCUCUGACUGUGUGAAAAGCUUUGUCCGAUUGAAGCAGCUUGAAAAACAUCAGCUAAGACACAAGAAAAGUGUUGAAAGACACACAACACAUUUGAGCAAAAUAAAAACAUUUCUCUGCACAAUAUGCGGGAAGGAGUGUCGCAACAUGAAAAUACACAUGCGAGUACACACUGGAGAGACACCGUAUCACUGCACUGAAUGCGGGAAGAGUUUUUCAUAUACACAAUCGUAUCAAAGACAUAUACUAACACAUAAUACCUCUGGAGAAAGAGCAACCUAUCCUUGUUUGGAAUGUGGAAAGACUUUUACUCGCAGAGAUGGCAUGGCGAGACACAUGAGGAGGAUUCAUACUGGAGAGAGAAAUCAUCAGUGCAGAGACUGUGGAAAACUAUUCUUUCGAAAAGAGACACUGAAGAGACACAUGCUAGUUCACACUGGAGAGAAACCAUACCAGUGCUCUGUCUGUGGGCAACCCUUCUCCCAAGAUGGAGACAGAAAACGUCACGAGAAGAGGCACUACUCUGGUGUCUCAGAUUUCCUCAAUCUAUAAUGCAGAAGUGGUGUUUGUUAUUGCAGGAACCCACCCAAUCAUUAUGAAAUGGCAAUCUAAUAAUCUGUUAACUACAAUGUUGGUGGCCUGGAAUUGCCACCACAGACUGUAGAAGAGACACACAGACAGACUGUUGCUGAUACACAGCAAGACUGAGUAUUACUGUCUUCGUAGCAGUAUUUUUUUUUCAAAAGUCGGUUAUUUAAAAUCAAGGAUUGGAACCGGUUCAGGGAACAGAACCAAAAACCGGAAAAUAACCAAAUUAUUUGAGCAACCCAAACCGAAAACAAAAGUAAUCUAUACUGUUCCUGGAAGAGAACCAUUAUUUUAAAAGCAUGGGAACCGGUUAAUAACAUUAUUUUACGUUCCGGCAUUUUUUUCCAGUGCC